ACGAAAGAGGAUAUUCAGUUUUAUUCUCUUAGUCCUCGAAUUUCUCUAUUAUAUUAGAAUUUUAUAUUAUAAAUUUUAUAAAUCAAAUUAACUUAUGUUAUGACUCAAUGCCAAAUGAUAUUUUGAGUCAAAAACACGACACGGCCCUGUCGAUCAGAGGGCCUUAACUCAUUAUAUUUGCUAAUUAUUAUUAUUAUUCCUUUUAGCUUGACCAAUUAGGGGAAUGUUGGCAUGGUUCGCACAGAGUGAACCUUCAAACAACACAAAUUUUCUAUUUGUUUACAAAGAGCUAGUUCGUAGUUCGUCAUUUCUUAGCCGUACGAUAGAUAAUUAUUAAGCUCAUGAAUCGGGAUGAGAAAUGGUAAUUCAACUCUUUCCAAACAAAGAGAAAAUUCACAUCGUUUGAAGUUUGACUCUGUGCGAACCAUGCCUACAUUCCCCUAAUAUGCAUUCGAAUACAAAUUCAUAUGAAGUUUUUAAUAAUAAUCAAAUUACAAGGUAUGAUUUCUUUUCUUUAAUCUAUCCGACAAAAUUCAUCAUGAACCAAAGUCUAAACAAUUUGUGAUUUUUUUACAUGUUGCGGAUGGUCAUAAGAGCAGAAUUUACAGUAACCUUGAUAAUGAUAUUGAAGGCAUAAUUUUGAAUGGAACUUAUUGUAUUACGUCAUAACAAAUAUUAUUGUGAGUUUUAAACUACCACUACCACACUGAUCAUCAACUAUUAUCUUUUGUCUGAUAUUUUCUUCAAGCAACAGAGAUUAAACAGCAAAAUCAUCAGUACAAUGUUGUGAACAAAAGUAAUAGGAUCGACAAAAAUUUUAAAAUUGAAAAUGAAGCUUAUAAUCAUCGGUCUAGUCGUAUUCACGUUUUUCUCUUUAAAUUUGGGAGCUAAUAUAUUGGUGCUUGAAGGACUACCUUCACCAAGUCAUCACGUUCUUUUUCGAGUAGUUAAUGAGGCACUUGCAGCCCGUGGUCACAAUGUCACAGCUAUUGGGGCAGAUAUUGACCAUUAUGCAGUUGAAAAUGUAACGUAUCUUCAUUUGGAUCGAGUGUAUGAGAGCAUCUAUGCCAGUGGAGAAGAUCCUAUAAACUUCGUAGAAAUGGGAAAAAUCAAUCCUUGGAUGACUUUAGCCGUAUUAACUCAAUUGAUCUUAAAGACAUUCGAUGGAGCACAAAAGUCGUCAGGUUAUCAGCAACUUCUAAAUUAUCCUGAAAACUUCAAGUUUGAUCUCGUAAUUUACGAUUUUAUAGCGACUCCCUUUCUUUUGGGGUUUAUGCAUAAAUAUGGAAAUCCACCUCUCAUAGGUUUAACAGGAUACAAUGCCAUAUCCAUGACCUCUGUUAUCUUAGGCUCUCCCUAUCACCCUUCUCUUGUGGCACAUCAUUGUCGAAUGGAAUCUUAUAAUAGUUUUUUAAGACGUGUAGAGAAUUAUUUACUCCACUGGGUGGAUCACACAAUCAGGAAAUAUUUAGUAUUACCAAAAAUUCAAACUGGACUUGAGAAAGAUUUUCCAGGACUUCCUCCUGUUGCACAACUUGAGGAAUCAGCUCGAUUAGCUUUAGUGAAUUAUCAUCCCGUUUUUGAGCCCUCAGAACCCAUGCUUCCAAAUGUAAUUGGAAUUGCUGGACUACAAAUUCAAGAGCCAAAACGCCUUCCGAAGGAUCUUAAGGAGAUUGCUGAUCAACGAUCGUUUGUUUUCUUUAGUUUGGGAACUAAUACUCAACCAGAAAUGCUGGGGGAGCAGAGAAUCAAGCACAUAGUCGGAGCGUUUCGAGAGCUGAGCCAAUUCACAAUCUUCUGGAAAGUCAAAGGAAAUCUUCCAUUAGAAGUUCCUCCUAAUCUUGUGAUACGCCCGUGGUUUCCACAAUCAGAUUUACUAGCCCAUCCAAAUGCAAAACUUUUUAUAAGUCAUUGUGGUUUAUUAAGUACUCAUGAGGCAACUUGGAGAGCCGUUCCAAUCCUUGGUGUACCAAUAAUACUUGAUCAAUUCAUGAAUGCCGCAAAUUCUGUGAAGGCGGGAAUGGCACUGGAGUAUGAUAUUAGAAACGUGACUAAAGAUACUUUUAAGUCCACAAUUUUGGAGUUGAUCACAAAUUCAACUUACAAGAAAAAUGCUCUUCUGAGAAGUAAAAUGUUCAGAGAUCAUCCAGAAAAACCAUUAGAUCGUGCAAUCUGGUGGAUUGAAUAUGUCUUGAGAAAUCCCAAUGAGAAUAUCUUUAGAUCAGAAGCAUUAUCUUUAAAUAUUUUCCAAAAGCAUGAUGGUGAUAUUGUAGUUUUCUUGAGUUGUGUCGUCUUUCUUUGUUUGUAUAUAACUUUUAAAAUUCUGAGGGUGAUUGUCAGGAGGAUCAAAGUAUCUUCUCAACGUAAGAAGACGAAGUAUGAGUAGAUAUUUUGGCUUAUGACGAUGAUUAAAUACAGAACAUCUUUUGUUUUGUUCAUAUAUUUUUUUGCAUUUUAGUUGGGGUGUAUGAACAAAAAGUGAAGAUAAAAAAGAAAUUCUAGAUGAACCAUAAGAAAUACAGUGUAUAUUCUUUGAUUGUUUAAAUUUUGGUUUUCAUUAUCUUAUCACUUUCAAUUGUAAACUCAGUUUUUGUGUAAUCAUUAUGGAGCGAAAUAUUAAUGAAUAUUAAAUGUCUGCAAUAAAUGAGAAGAUUCUACAAAAAAAAAUAAAUAAAUAACUAAAAUAGAGUAAGAGGCGAA